CCCGCAUCUCCCGCGGGGCGGGGCUGUGGAUUUCGCGUCGAACACCGCCUUCCUGCCCCGCCUUUCGCCGUACCGGCCCGCCCCUCCUUCCUGGAGGCACAACCGAAGCGGUGGCGGCAGGGACAGAAGCAGAGGCAGCGGUGGCGGCCCGGCGGGGGGGCGCCGAGUGGCCGGCGCGACACGCGCGGACUCGGACCCUAUGAGGUGAUUAGUGCGGCGCAGGCGCCUGCUGCCCCGCCGGCGGGGCCCGGGUUUCCCGCGGCGGGAUGUUCUCCCGAAGGAGCCACGGAGACGUGAAGAAGUCCACUCAGAAGGUGCUGGACCCCAAGAAGGACGUGCUGACGCGCCUGAAGCACCUGCGGGCGCUGCUGGAUAAUGUGGAUGCAGGUGAUCUUAAACAGUUUUUUGAGACCAACUAUUCUCAGAUAUAUUUCAUCUUCUAUGAAAAUUUUAUAACACUGGAAAAUAGUUUGAAAUUAAAAGGGAAUAAUAAGUCACAAAGGGAGGAGCUGGACUCCAUACUCUUUCUUUUUGAAAAAAUACUGCAAUUUCUACCUGAACGAAUUUUCUUUCGAUGGCAUUACCAGAGUAUAGGCUCAACUUUAAAGAAGCUUCUACACACUGGAAAUUCUGUUAAGAUAAGAUGUGAAGGAAUCAGGCUGUUUCUUCUGUGGCUUCAAGCACUUCAGACAAACUGUGCAGAAGAGCAGGUGCUGAUUUUUGCUUGCCUCGUGCCUGGUUUCCCAGCGAUCAUGUCAUCCAGAGGGCCAUGUACACUGGAGACACUCAUCAAUCCUAGCCCUGGUGUGGCUGAUGCAAAGAUAUAUCCAGAAGAAAUCACCCCGCUCCUGCCAGCCAUAUCAGGGGAAAAGAUCGCUGAGGACCAAACAUGCUUUUUUCUUCAAAUACUGUUGAAAUAUAUGGUUAUUCAGGCUGCAAGCUUGGAGUGGAAGAAUAAGGAGAAUCAAGAUACUGGUUUUAAAUUUCUUUUUACAUUGUUUCGAAAGUAUUAUCUUCCUCAUUUAUUUCCAUCAUUUACUAAGUUAACAAACAUCUACAAACCUGUACUUGACAUCCCUCAUUUGAGACCAAAGCCAGUGUACAUUACUACAACUCGAGACAAUGAAAACAUUUACAGUACAAAAAUUCCAUACAUGGCAGCUCGUGUUGUUUUUAUUAAAUGGAUUGUAACUUUCUUUUUGGAAAAGAAGUAUCUAACUACAGCCCAAAACACUAAAAAUGGAGUUGAUGUACUGCCCAAAAUCAUACAGACUGUUGGUGGUGGUGUGGGGCAAGAGAGGGUGCCGGAGCUGGAUGGUGGCUGUCCCACAGAGCAAGACAAAAACCAUUCCAACAGCAGCACCUUGUCAGACCGAAGACUCAGCAACUCCAGCCUUUGUAGCAUUGAAGAAGAGCACCGAACUGUGUAUGAAAUGGUGCAGCGGAUUCUCUUGUCAACUCGAGGUUAUGUCAACUUUGUGAACGAAGUCUUUCGUCAGGCAUUUUUAUUGCCUUCGAGUGAUAUCGCUGUAACAAGGAAGGUAGUUCAAGUGUACAGGAAGUGGAUCCUCCAGGACAAACCUGUGUUCAUGGAAGAACCAGAUAAAAAAGAAGCUGCCCAAGAAGAUGCCGAAAAAUUAGGAUUCUCAGAGACUGACAGCAAAGAGACCUCAUCUGAAGGUUCUCGUCAUAAGCGAUCUUCCAGUUGGGGACGAACAUACUCCUUCACGAGUGCAGUGAGCAGAGGAUGUGUGACAGAAGAAGAAAAUAAGAACGUGAAAGCUGGGGCCCAAGCUAUGCUGCAGGUAUUUUUGACAAAUGCAGCAAACGUCUUUUUGCUGGAACCAUGUCCUGAAGUUCCCAUGCUCUUGAAAGAACAAGUUGAUGCCUGUAAAGCUGUUUUGAUUAUUUUUAGGCGCAUGAUAAUGGAGCUUACAAUGAAUAAAAAGACAUGGGAACAGAUGUUGCAAAUACUACUCAGGAUAACAGAAGCUGUUAUGCAGAAGCCAAAGGAUAAACAAAUAAAGGACUUGUUUGCCCAGAGCUUGGCAGGGUUACUGUUUAGGACGCUCAUGGUGGCGUGGAUCCGAGCAAACCUCUGUGUGUACAUUUCUCGAGAGCUCUGGGAUGACUUUCUUGGUGUGCUGUCCUCCCUCACGGAAUGGGAAGAACUGAUAAAUGAGUGGGCCAACAUCAUGGAUUCCUUGACAGCAGUGCUUGCAAGAACUGUUUACGGAGUUGAGAUGACAAACCUACCUCUGGACAAACUAAGUGAACAAAAGGAAAAGAAGCAGCGAGGCAAAGGCUGUGUUCUAGAUUCUCAGAAAGGAACCACUGUGGGGAGAUCCUUUUCUCUCAGCUGGCGGAGCCACCCAGAUGUGACCGAGCCAAUGCGAUCCAGGAGUGCCACCACAUCUGGGGCACCAGGAGUUGAGAAAGCAAGAAAUAUCGUUCGUCAGAAAGCAACUGCUAAGCGAAGCCAGUCUAUCAGCAACUGUGUCCACCUUUCUGAGGCUUUGCCUGCCACUAAAAGCGUCCCGCUCCUCCUUCACACCGUGAGCGCUCUCUUACCUGGUCUCUCUUACUCCUCUUGCUCUCACAGGCUGUCAGAGGUGGAAGAAUGUCAGCAGUCAGAAAAUGCACCUGCAGCUGAAUCGGGCUGUCUGGCCGUGGAGCAGCAGCACCUCACGCGGAGUAGCAGCACACCUGACGUCACUGAGCCGCUGUGCUCAGAUUCUCCUCAGGGUCAAAAGGUAGAAAACGUACAGACUUUGAGUUCUUCAGAGUCCAAGGCUAUUCAAGAAAAUAAAGGACAUGUGAAGAAAGAACAUGAAGGAAUAACAAUCUUAGUUCGAAGAAGCAGCAGCCCUGCUGAAUUGGAUUUAAAAGAUGAUUUGCAGCAGACACAAGGAAAAUGUAAGGAAAGACAGAAGAGUGAAAGUAUCAGUAGUGACACAGCUCUGGGCUAUAACAAUGAGGCAGAGCUGUCCAUGAGCCCAUGGCCAACCUGUGAGGAAGACCCAGAACUGAAUACUCCCACAGAUGCUGUGACUGACUCCGAUGCCCGCCAUUGGUUACAGCUGAGUCCCACUGAAGCUUCGAACUUAACAGAUAGCAGUGAGUGCCUUGCCGAUGACUGUAGUAUAAUUGCUGGAGGGAACCUCACUGGUUGGCACCCAGACUCUGCUGCUGUAUUAUGGCGAAGAAUCUUGGGAAUCCUCGGGGACGUGAACAAUAUCCAGUCACCCAAGAUUCACGCCAAAGUGUUUGGGUAUCUCUAUGAGCUCUGGUACAAACUAGCAAAGAUACGGGAUAAUCUGGCAAUAAGCCUGGAUAACCAGUCUUCUCCAUCUCCACCAGUCCUGAUCCCACCACUCAGAAUGUUUGCAUCAUGGCUAUUUAAGGCGACGACGUUGCCAAAUGAAUAUAAGGAAGGGAAACUGCAAGCCUACAGACUGAUCUGUGCCAUGAUGACCAGACGCCAGGACGUUCUGCCAAACUCGGACUUCCUGGUGCAUUUUUACCUUGUGAUGCACCUGGGAUUAACCAGCGAGGAUCAGGAUAUCUUAAACACCAUUAUAAGGCACUGUCCACCCCGUUUCUUCUCCCUGGGUUUGCCUGGCUUCUCAAUGUUGGUGGGGGACUUCAUCACAGCCGCUGCCAGGGUCCUCAGUACAGACACGCCGGCGACACCUCAUUCAGAAGCUCUCACCAUUCUUGGUUCUCUAGUCUGCUUUCCAAAUACCUACCGGGAGAUCCCUUUACUGCAGUCUGUGCCGGAAGUCAGGGAAGUCAUCACAGGAACUGAAGAUGUCAAGCAUUACCUCAUAAAUAUUUUACUGAAGAAUGCCACAGAGGAACCAAAUGAAUGUGCAAGAUGCAUUGCCAUUUGCUCCCUCGGGGUCUGGAUAUGCGAAGAACUGGCACAGUGUACAAACCAUCCGCAGCUGAAAGAGGCCGUCAAUGUGAUAGGUGUCACUUUGAAGUUUUCUAACAAAAUCGUGGCUCAGGUGGCCUGUGAUGUUCUUCAGUUGCUGGUUUCCUACUGGGAAAAGCUUCAGAUGUUUGAAACCUCUCUGCCUCGGAAAAUUGCAGAAAUCCUUGUGGCCACAAUUGCUUUUCUUCUACCAAGUGCAGAGUACUCCUCAGUGGAAACAGAUAAAAAGUUUAUUGUGUCCUUGCUACUCUGCCUCUUGGACUGGUGCAUGGCAUUGCCAGUGAGCACCCUCCUCCACCCAGUGUCCACAGCGGCCCUGGAAGAGCAGCACUCGUCCAGAGCCCCUUUGUUGGAUUAUAUCUACAGGGUUCUGCACUGCUGUGUUUGUGGCUCAAGCACAUACACCCAGCAGAGUCACUACACACUGACCCUGGCUGACCUGUCCUCCCCGGAUUACGAUCCUUUCCUGCCACUGGCAAAUGUGAAGAAUUCCGAGCCAGUCCAGUAUCAUUCUUCAGCAGAUUUGGGAAACCUGCUCACAGUUGAAGAGGAGCGGAAAAGGAGGAGUUUGGAGCUGAUCCCCCUGACUGCCCGCAUGGUGAUGGCCCACCUGGUGAACCACCUGGGACACUUCCCGCUGUGUGGGGGUCCCGCUGUUCUACACAGCCUGGUCAGUGAGAACCAUGACAAUGCACACGCCGAGGCCCCCGAGCUGUCUUCCGAGGUGUUCCGGAGCCCAAACCUUCAGCUCUUUGUGCUGAAUGACAGCACCCUCAUCUCCUACCUUCAGACACCCUCAGAAGGGCCAGCAGGCGGCUCACGGGGGGGUGCCUUGUCAGAUGUCAGAGUAAUCGUGCGGGAUAUCUCAGGGAAGUACUCUUGGGACGGGAAGGUUUUGUAUGGACCAUUGGAAGGCUGCUUAGCACCCAGCAGUAGAAGUCCUGCAUUUCUGAUUUCGGGCUGGCAUCCUCAAGCUUUGGGAGCUCAGAAGGAUUUUUCUCAAAUUGAGGAGGGAGAUGAUGUCCUCGACAAAUUACUUGAAAACAUUGGCCACACAAGUCCCGAAUGCCUUUUACCAUCACAGCUAAAUCUAAAUGAGCCCUCCCCACCCCCACGGGGAAUGAACCGUGACCAGGAGAAGGAAAUCACUGAGGUCAUUUUGCGCCAGAAUGCCCAAGAAGACAACUACAUCCAGAGGUGUAACUCUGACUCAGCCAUGAAGAUCACCAGCCAGGAGCAGCCCUCACCAGUAGAGCCACGAGGACCCUUUUAUUUCUGCAGGUUGUUGCUCAAUGACUUGGGGAUGAAUUCUUGGGACAGAAGAAAAAAUUUCCAUCUGUUGAAGAAAAAUUCCAAACUAUUGAGAGAGCUAAAAAAUCUGGACUCCCGUCAGUGCCGUGAAACGCACAAAAUUGCGGUGUUUUACAUUGCUGAAGGUCAAGAAGACAAGUGUUCAAUCCUCUCCAAUGAAAGAGGAAGCCAAGCAUAUGAAGACUUUGUUGCCGGACUUGGAUGGGAGGUGGAUCUCUCAACCCACUGUGGGUUCAUGGGCGGACUUCAGCGCAAUGGCAGCACAGGGCAGACUGCCCCUUACUAUGCUACCUCGACUGUGGAAGUGAUUUUCCACGUUUCAACUCGGAUGCCAUCAGACUCAGAUGAUUCACUCACCAAAAAGCUCCGUCACUUGGGGAAUGACGAGGUCCACAUCGUCUGGUCUGAACACUCCAGGGACUACCGCAGGGGAAUUAUCCCGACCGCCUUCGGAGACGUUUCAAUCAUUAUUUACCCAGUGAAGAAUCACAUGUUCUUUAUCGCGAUUACGAAGAAACCCGAGGUUCCGUUUUUUGGGCCUCUGUUUGAUGGAGCCAUAGUGAGUGGAAAGCUGCUGCCAAGCCUUAUAUGUGCCACAUGCAUCAAUGCCAGCAGGGCCGUGAAGUGCCUCAUCCCACUCUACCAGAGCUUCUACGAAGAACGAGCUCUGUACCUCGAAGCAAUAAUUCAGAACCACCGAGAAGUCAUGACGUUUGAGGAUUUUGCCGCCCAAGUCUUUUCUCCCUCGCCCAGCCCCUCCCUCGGCGGAACGGAUUAAAAUAUGUAAAGGUCUCAUUGCGAUGUUUGAGCAAGGGCCCUGGCCGCCAGCCUGAGUGCCUACCUCAUGGCGCCUCUUGGCAAGGAGGAGAUCAAUGAGACGCCCCCUUCCCCCACCCCGAACCCCCAAACACAGAGACUCCAGGAAACAUGACUGCUCUGCCGGUGUCCUCGACACAUCUUCCCAUUAACGGACUUCCGAAGCUAAAGGGGAACCCCACCAGAAUGUCGCGGGCUGGACUUUCUCACCGGGCCGUGUCGUCUUGCCCUAGAACCUCACGAAACUUGAGCUUCCAAAGAAGAGGGGAAGGUCGCCAACAACCAGAGACAGACCCACUCUCGUGGGCAUUGAUGCCACUGCUCCCGGCUGGAAUGACAGGAGAAGAUUCUGGGCUUUUGGGAAGGGGUGGAGAACAACUGGUUUCUGUACCCUGAGUUGUUUAUAAACCCAAGCAAGAUUCACAGAAGGGCUGGCAAAACAGCUCUUAAACUGAGGAAUUUUCUCUGCAUUGAUUUCACUAGGUCUUAAUGUUAGGAUUUAUGGUUUACUCAAAAAUUUCAUCAUCAUGGAAAUUGGCUUUCCCCAGGGUCUUUUGCCCAGGAGAAGUUUUAUCUAAGUUGCUGAGUAUUUUCCACCUGGUGCCUGAUGCCCACUAGCUGGGAAGAGGUUUUUCCAACUAUCCUGGAGGAAACAGGGUCCUGUCCCUGUGAAAGCUCCUGUAGGUCAGGAAGCUUCCAGGGCCCAGCUCAGCACAGCCCCACAUCAACACGCAAGGAGCACACCAGCACAGGAGCUAGACUGAGACAGUCCCCCGCACCCCUGUGAUGUCCCUCUGCCUCCAGAAGCUUUGCCCUGCAGUUGUGCUCUCCUGCCCACUGCUGGGGGAGGGCCAUGGCACAAAUGGGGGCUUUCUAACCCUUUGGUUCCAAGAAAGGCAUGUUGAAUCUGUUUAAAAAGAAGAAGAAGAAAUGAAAAGCCC